GGUACGGGGCUUUUAUUUUUUUAGGUCAGAGAGUCAGACCGGAUGUUUCGGUGGAGCUGGUGGUGUGCUAACAGCUAACAGCUAGUUAACAGUGAUAAACUAACCAACCGCACAGGUUAGAACCAGACAGACAGACCUCAGGUGAGGAAGACUCAAGGUUCACCGUUGUCUCUCAUGUUGGUGCUCACCUGAAGAAGCUUCUGGAAGCUGCUCGUGCACGCGCACAGUCUCCAUGGCUACGGAGGAGUUCUACGAGGUGGACAGGAUUGUGGAUAAGAGGAAGAACAAGAAGGGGAAGGUGGAGUACCUGGUCAGGUGGAGAGGUUACGGUUCAGAGGAGGACACCUGGGAGCCUGAGAGUCACCUGUCCACCUGUAUGAUCUACGUCCACGAGUUUAACCGUCAAUACGCUGAGCGGCAGAGAGACAACACGUUACUGCGCUCCACCCGCAGCUCACCCAGCUUCCACUGCAGCUCCGCCCACAGACUUACCUGCAGACCAUCGCCCACUGCCACAGCUCGCAGUGACAUCGGCAGUGACAUCAGUGCAAGUUUGAGUGGAGACUGUAACCAGGUGAAACCUCCUGUUAGUCCGGCUCACCUGCCCCCUGUCGGACUGAGCCGUCAGCCCUCCGUCAGCUCUCAACAGCCCCCGCCGAUGGACAGGUUCAGCAGCAGUCUGAUGUCGGCGGUUCCAGCCGGCUCAGCCCGCCGCAGCAUGGAUCUGUCCAAGACUGGCAUCAAAAUCCUGGUCCCUAAGAGUCCGAUGAACAGCCGUCUAGACUCAGAGGAGUCUCCCAGUGAGGCGGCUCACAGUCUGGAGGCUGGAGCUCAGGAGGCUCACCUUGUGCCACCUGAGGUUGCCUUGCUGGAGAAACCUGCAGGUGUCCAGCUGGGGCCUGGAGAGGAGAGGGCCCGCAUGGGCACCAGACCCCGCAGCCAGAACCCCCUGCCCCCUCCCCGAGUACCCAUCACACCUGCUGCCAUGCGCUCUCUAAGCGGCACAGGUAACUUGGCAUUAAUGGAGGCUGUCGCUGCUAAUGGGAUGUCAGGUGUGCAGAGUGCUGUUACUGGGGCAACCAGUGCAACGGGGAAACGUCGUCUGGAGGAACGUUCUGCUUUUGACAAACGUUUGAGGUUCAGUGUUCGACAGACAGAAAGCGCUUACCGUUACCGCGACAUCGUGGUGAAGAAACAAGACGGCUUCACCCACAUCCUGCUGUCCACCAAGAGCUCCGAGAACAACACACUGAACCCUGAAGUGAUGAAGGAGAUUCAGAGCGCCAUGGCAACGGCAGCAUCGGAUGACAGUAAGCUGGUGUUACUCGGUGCUGUCGGCAGCGUCUUCUGCUGCGGCCUCGACUUCCUGUAUUUCAUCAGACGUCUGACGGACGACAGGAAGAAGGAGAGCAUCAAGAUGGCCGAAACCAUCAGGACCUUCAUAAACACCUUCAUCCAGUUCAGGAAACCAAUUGUGGCAGCGGUGAAUGGGCCGGCUCUGGGCCUUGGCGCUGCAAUCCUGCCACUCUGUGACGUGGUGUGGGCGAAUGAGAAGGCCUGGUUCCAGACACCAUACACAUCUUACGGCCAGACUCCCGAUGCCUGCUCGUCCUUCACUUUCCCCCGCAUCAUGGGCCUUGCCUCGGCUAACGAGCUGUUGCUGAGCGGCAGGAAGUUGACAGCUCAGGAGGCGUGUUGUAAAGGUUUGGUAUCUCAGGUUCUGUGGCCGGGAACCUUCACACAAGAAGUAAUGCUGCGAAUCAAAGAGCUGGUGACAGUUGACUCCCAGGUUCUGCGGGAGUCCAAAGCCCUAAUGAGGAACACCAGUCGUAGUGCUCUGGAGCAAGCUAACGAGCGUGAGUGUGAAGCCCUGAAGAGAGUCUGGGGCUCAUCACAGGGAACAGACUCCAUCCUGCAGUACCUGCAGAGGAGAACCGAGCUCUGCUAGAACCUGGACCGGGAUCUGGACCAGGACCUGGACUGGUUUGAAGACUCAGCACUUCUGAGCUGGCAGCAGUGACUCAGCAGAUUCUGUGUUCAACAUGAAACGCUGAACGUUUCCUUUUUUGUUGUUUAAUUUUAAAUUAUAAUUUCAGCAGAAUGUUCCUCCUGUUCUCAGGUUUCAGGUCUUUCAGGUAUUCCAUAUCAGGAUCAAUUUCAUCUGUGUCUAGAAGAUAGGUCCAGAAUGUGUUUAACUUAGCUUAAGCACAAGAAGCAGGGUGAAACUGCUAGCCUAGUUUAUUUUCUGCAUCCAAAACUGCAGUGUAGAACUUCCAUUGGAAAUCUGCUGUUUUAAGUCAUUGUCAGUGGAAUGUUUACCAUAUUUAACACACAGUAAAAAUUAAAUCUGAUUUAAUAAACUAUUUAAACCCUGAGUAGGGUCUGUUUAGGUUGUUUUCAAAACUGUCAGGUUGUUAUCCCUCAGUUUAAUCUGAUAGGCAAACUCUAUGUCAUUGAAACAUUGACCUGUAUAUCACCUGUAAAUCUAAGAUAAUCAGUUCCGUGUUUCCUGCUGCUGUCACCCAAAGGCAGCAUGGACUGAGGAACAACAGAAGAUCCACGAUAGAACCCUGUGGAACUCCACAGGUCAGAUAGUUACAGAUCGGAAACUGAGAUGGACACUUUUCACUCGUUUAUAGACUAAGUGAGAUUAAUUAAUGAUGGACAUAAGCCUCAACAUACUCAUCACUGUGAGACUGAAUAUCCUUUUUUUAACCUAAAAUUCCAUUGAUGAGCCCAUCAAUAAUGAUUUAAUUAAGGUACUUUUAAUGGGGUUGUAUAAUAUAAUAAUAAAAAAAUACAUUUAUGGAUUGCAAUAUCCAGUACAGUUAGGUAUGUUAGUAUUGGAACGGUGACACAAUUUUUGAAACUUUGCCUCUGUACAUCAUCACAGUGGAUUUGAAACACCGACAUCAAGAUAUCAUUUAAGUUUGGACUUUCAGCUUUAAUUCAAGGGGUUUAACAAAAAUAUCACAUUAACCGUUUUAGGAAUUACAGCCAUUUUUAUACAGAGUCC